AUGGUAACAACAUUCAAGCCUCCACUCCAAGGAAUUGUUGUUACCAAUGAUGGGAAUAUGCUAUUUUGCUCUACGAUUGAGCUGAGCCGCACACAGGACGAAGAAGUGGGUGAUGGGACUACAUCUCUGGUGAAAUGCUACUACAUGUUGCCCAAACAUUCAUUGAAAAGAGUUACCAUCAUAUGCCGAGCUUAUAAUAAGGCUCUGGAGGAUGCCAUCGCUGUUCUUGACAAGAUUGCCAUGUCAAUCCAUGUUAAUGACCGUGCAACGGUUCUAGGAUUAGUCAAGAGCUGCAUAGGAACAAAAUUCACUAGCCAGUUUGGACAUCUUAGUUAUUGCUGGAUAAUAGAUCUUAGCCAAUAUUUUGGGAUACACAAGAAACUUAAAUUGGGCUUACGGUCAUUACAGGCUUUGACCUUUGGAUAUAGCACUCCCAAGUGA